AUGCCCGCACAAACAGUCAGGUUAAAGAUCGAUUUAAAGGGACUACUAAGAGAAUGCGAGGCUCUUAACGCCUCAGGCUCAAACAUACUUCUUAUGGAUGAUACUCCAAAAAGGAAUAUGGCUAUAGUAGAUUAUAUAUUUAAAGAUCGCAAUAUAGAAAUAGUAAGUGGCGCAAAUGGAGCCAAAGAAGAGAAACUCGUCCUGGAUAUAGUCAAGAAUGCCAUUCGAGAAUACUUUGUAUACAAUGAAUGGGGUGAAAGUACUAUUUGUAGUUUAACUAGUUCAUAUAAUAGUAUGUAUGAAAAUCGUCUUAGAGAUAAGAUUGUCCCUUUAGCCAAUCAAAUCAUAGACUCAAAUAUGUUUAUAUUCAGACCAGAACAUGAAAUAUAUGGACACUACAAUAAGAACGAAACAGUAGAAGAUAUAGUACAGCGCAAUAAAAGCGGCAGCCUAAGCCCUCGGAUGUACACACUGGAGAUCGACUACACAGACUCCUCAAGCCUGGAAAGGAUUCUUGAGGCGACCAAAGAGAGUCUGGAUAGAGGGUUUUUGGGCUAUAUAUGUAGCUCUAUGAAUACAGAAAUUAGAAGAAUGAAUGGAAAUAUUUUAAGAAAAUACUCGCUGUCCUUGUCAGAGAAGGAGCAGUACUCUCUGGACGAACUAUACACCAGAACAUACGAAGGCACUAAUGUGCCCUUGGUAGACUACGGGCUGAAGAUUAUAUAUGAAAGAUAUCAAGAGCUUAUCGGAAUAGUUGAGAAUGACUCAAGAAUGAAAUCUAGCUCUAGUGGCAAAUCGCUGAUAACUGCAAGAAUCAGUGAGCUGUUCACCAAAGAAGAGCUAAAAAUAAUUGGGUCCAUUAGCGUUAACAUACACAAAAUCGCACAAGAAAAAGAACUACAAAAGAAUAUGAUUUAUUACAUGGAAUACCUAGCAAAUAAGACUGCUCUCUUGGAUAGGGCUGGGGAAAAGGUACUAAGGGUAACUAGCGAUCUAGAAAGCUUUAAAAAAGACUAUAUAAAUGGAUACAACGGUUUAGAGAAUAUAGUAAAGAACAACUGUGAUUUAUUAAAGAAAAAAAUAGCUGAUAAUGAAGAAAUUUUAUACCCAAAGCAUCUAAAUCAAAGGAGAUCUAUGGCUCAAGGAAACAAUGGAGGGUUUAGAGACAAUCCUGCCUCUACCUCUGAUCUAUUAAAUGAAGUAUCUUUAUUAAAGUAUGCUCUAAAAGAAGAAAAUAGAAUCCGAGACACCAUCAGUAUGAAAGCAAGUCUCAAAAUCAAUAUAAGCCCAGUUCAGAAAAAACACAUAAUUCAAAAGAUGGAAGAAUUUGGAAAAGCAUGGAACAUAAAAGUAGAAGUGGCGGACCCAGUGCCAGAAAGAAUAACUUAUCCUAAUGAAUAUGAAAUGAAAGAAGCAGUAGUAGAUAGACCUAUUAGAAGAAGCCCCUUAGAAGCAGCACAUAGACCUACUGAAAGAAAACCUCUAGUAGUAGAUGAGCCUACUGAAAGAAAAUUCACCCAAAAAGACCUAUUUAAAAUGCUUGGUCUAGGCAUUUUCAUUGGCGUGGGCGUCAAAACAUUGCCUCAGGCACUAUCUACUCGCUCAGCGAAUGAUGUAAUGAAUCCUGCUGCUGUUGAAAAUAUACUGAACUGCGAAGAGUCAUCAUCAUUCUGUGAGCAGCCUCCAACUAAAAAAUAUAGAGAAGGAAGCUGA